AUGGCUUCACCAGAAACUGUGUCCACAAUCCUUGCGCGAGCCUUGCCUGAUCUGAAAGCCGACGGUGAUCCCACUGACAGCAGCACGCUGCCUAGUGUCGAUUUUGUUGCUGGCCUGAAGCCGUGGUCUGCCUUCAAAUCCGACAUUAUCUCCGAUUUUCAACUGCAGCAAUGGAGUCAGACCGUACUGGGUUACUAUAGCCAGGGGCCAUUUUCUCUUGAAACAGAAUCAGUGUUUGUUGCGACCGAGCGUGGGGUACGUGGACGCUCCAACCAAAGGAUCGGUCAUAUGCUGGGCAGCGUCUUCAAAGAGCAGCAGAUCGACCUUAGAUUUGCGGAUUUUAAGUACCAGCCACAUGUGAUGCCAGAUGUCCGGGCACCAAACUCGAUCAUUAUAACUCGCUCCGCCGAAUUAGGAGUUGUGGGAGAAGUGAGAAUGCCCUGGGUUGCGCAGUAUGACCUAAAGGUCAUGGUGGAUCUUAUGGAUGCGGGAGAUGACACGAAAUUUCGGCAUGGAAUUGGGCAGCUUGCACAUUCCAUGAAGGAACUGGACAUCAAGUACGGCUUUCUUACCAACUACAAUCAGACGGUAUUUGUACGCCAAGUAUUGUUGUCGGAUGGGAUGGGCCUCGAAUAA